AUGUCGACGAUCACGGAGAUCACCAGUCUCGCCGACUUCGAAAAGCACAUCGCUUCCACACCGCCCUCCACCCUCCACAUCAUCUCAUUCCACGCACCGUGGGCCGCUCCAUGCGCCCAGAUGGCGACCGUCCUCGCGACCCUCGCCUCCGAGUACCCCGUCACCAGCCCCCCGCAGACAUCCUGGGUUUCCAUAAACGCCGAAGAGCUUAGCGAGAUCAGUGAGACCUACAACGUCACCGCCGUCCCCUUCCUCGUCCUUUUGCGCAACGGCCAGGUCCUCGAGACCGUCAGUGGCAGCAGCGCCGUCAAGGUGCGCAAUGCGAUCGAGACACACGCGAAGAAGCCCGCCGCCGGCGCCACCAGCACGGUAAACGGAAAUCAGGGCGUCGAGAACGGACCCAGCGCCGCCGUGCCGGUGGAGGAGGCCGUUGACCCGGCCAAGGCCAAGGAGGAGCUAUUCAAACGCCUGGCCGACCUCGUCAAGGCCGCGCCCGUCAUGCUUUUCAUGAAGGGCACCCCGAGCUCGCCUCAGUGUGGUUUCUCGAGGCAGCUUGUCGCCAUCCUCAGAGAACACUCCGUCAAGUACGGCUUCUUCAACAUUCUAGCAGACGACGAGGUACGACAGGGCCUGAAGGAGUACGCCGAAUGGCCUACUUAUCCUCAGCUCUGGGUCGACGGCGAGCUGGUUGGUGGUCUUGAUAUUGUCAAGGAGGAAAUCGCCAACAGUCCCGACUUCCUGGCUCCUUACAGCAUCAAGGCCAACGCAGAGACUGCCGCCACCUCUUAA